CGCAUUUCUUAAUACAUACGAAGUCUAACCACACAAUUGGCUAUUUUGAGAUUUCCAUCUCUCACUAAAGUUUCAGCUUUUGUAAUGGACGUCAACCACACCGUCACCGUGCUGGAGAAAACUCCGGUGGCACCCCCGCCGGAAGCGACUCCCGAAAUCUCUCUUCCUUUCACGUUUCUUGACGUGUUUUGGUUGCACCUCGCCCCAGUUCACCGCCUCAUCUUCUAUCCACACCCAAUCUCAAGAACCCACUUCCUAGAUACCCUGAUUCCGACGAUCAAACAUUCAUUAUCCCUCACCCUUCAACACUACAGUCCCCUGGCCGGCGGAGUGGUUAUUUCACCGGACAAAUCAAACCUGCCGGAAAUUCGUUACGCGGACGGCGACACCGUGCCGUUAGUCUUCGCCGAGUCAAACUCCGGUGAGGGUCAUUUUAGUCAUCUCACUUCCAACCACCCAAGAAAUUGCUCAGAAUUUCAUCCUCUUGUUCCCAGCUUACCCCCGGCUUCGAGUUUACCAGACGGCUCAACCAGAGUCCCCGUGCUUGCGUUACAAGUGACGUUAUUUCCCGACGUCGGGAUUUGCAUCGGAGUAACUAACCACCACGCAAUCGGCGACGGUAGUAGCAUCUUCGCGUUCAUGAAGGCCUGGGCUUUCUUUUCCCGUCACGAAAACACAUCCCCUGUUUCUUUACCACCAGAAUUCCAACCAUUUUUCGACCGAACAGUGGUACAAGAUCGGACAGGACUAGGAACACACAUCUGGAACCACAUAAAAAACAUCAAAAUCGAGGACACACACGUUCACCGCCUCCCAUCAAUCACAAAUAAGGUCCGUGCAACGUUUUCGGUGACGCGAGACGACAUCCAACGGCUCAAAAACCACAUCCUUUCACGACGACCCAAUCUCGCACACGUCACGUCAUUUACCAUGAUUGCCUCGUACGUUUGGAAUUGCUACGUCAAAUCUCGAAUCCAGACAAGCACAGAUAAUAACGAGGACGGGGACGAGGACGGGGAUGAUUAUUUUUCCAGUCCGGCCGAUUACAGGGCACGUUUGGACCCACCGGUCCCCAGAAAUUACUUCGGCAAUUGCGUCAUGGGUUUUAUCGCGAAGACGAAGACUAAACUACUCGCCGGAGAUGACGGCUUCGUUGAGGCGGCUGUGGUGAUCGGAGAAACUAUUCGCAGUCAACUGAACAGUCCUAAAGAAGAUGAUGUGCCUUUGACUGAUAUUGACGAUAAGUUCAGAGAAAUGUCCAAAAUCAAACCUGAUCGGUCCCUGGGUGUGGCUAGUUCGCCGAGAUUUGAUUAUUAUCAACUUGAUUUUGGAUGGGGAAAGCCUAGCAAGUUUGAAGUUCCUUCCAUUGAUGUAACUGGUGCCAUGUCUCUUGGUACAGCCAAAGACUAUGAAGGUGGCCUGGAAGUCGGUUUGUCACUUCCCAUCAACCAAAUGAACACUUUCAUUACAAUUUUUAAUCAAGGUUUAAAGGCUAUAUGAGUUUGUGUAUUCAUAGUGAGGGACUUGAAUUUGUCUUCACAACUUUCAUUAUUGUACCAAAGUGUUUUCUUUAAUAUAAUCAUCUUAAUUUUGAAAGUUAAAACU